GUAGCUAGUAGUAUCACUUUACACGCAGGCAAGUACGGAGGCACCACCCGCCAUCAGUGCUAUAUAUAUAGCUCCGCUGCGCCCUCUUCUCGCAGGGCAAGCAAUUGCUAAGCUACAUCAGUACAUCACCCUAUAGGCAGAGCUAGCUAGGCGGCACUUCAAAGACGACCGGGAAUAUCAGCAACGAACAGCGAUAAUGAAGCAAAAGAUCGUGAUCAGGGUGCACAUGGAGUGCGACCGGUGCCGGUCCAAGGCGCUGGCGCUGGUGGCGGCCGCGGCCGGGGUGGACUCAGUGGCGCUCGCCGGAGACGCCAGGGACCAGGUCGUCGUCGUGGGCGACGACGUCGACUCCGUCAAGCUCACCAGCGCGCUGCGCAGGAAGGUCGGACCUGCAGACAUCGUGCAGGUCGCCGCCGAAGCCAAGAAGGUGGACGCCGGCAGCAAGCCUCCGGCCCCCGUCGCCACGCUGCCCGAGUUCGUCGCGUCGAGCACGUGGUACUGCCAGCAGUACCCGCAGCCGGCGGCCGUGGUAUACGGGCACCCCGCGGACGGGUACGCGUACUACGGAUGCGAGACGCGGACUGACAGCAUCUACUGCUCCAUAAUGUAGACAUUGACUUGACUUGAUUUCGUCCCUUGGGCUGUUGUUGAUCCGUGGUCGGUGAUAAGUAGUCAUGCAAAAGUUUAGAACAGACAGUAGAGAACUCGAGAUUACUUGUCAUCCUACUCGCCGACGACGCCCGGCUGGCAUGUGAUUUGCCUCCACGAGCAAUUUGCAUUGUUUUCAUUUGUUUGCAGUGAUGCCCGUAACAUCUUGUUAUCUAUGGAAAAAAAUUCAUGUAGUGAGCUACAGAGAAGUGGUCCCGUAACCUGCUUUCGAUUCACAACACGAGUCCAUCCCACCAAUUUAAAACAACAAAACACCAAUCUUAAAGCCAACAUAACAAUCUGUAAAGUGGUGCAGUUUUAUGUUGAUUUAAGAUUGGUGGGAUGGACAAAUAGUGAAUCCGAAGCGAGUUGUAGGACUGCUUCUCUGCAAUCGACUGUAGAUAAUUUGUUUCCCUUCUA